GGCGGCGGAGCGGGUCAGCGCUGCGGCUACGGCGAGCCGGCGCGAGGGCGCGGGCCGGGGGCGCCUGGCGGACAGUCCUCCCCUCGGCGCCCAGGGGCACCAGGCCUGGGCUGCGGGGUUUCCCGUGGGCGUCCGAGGAGGCGUGUAGAGAUCGUUGGCGGGGGCCCUGGCGCAGAGAUAGUGGUACGGGGUGGGGUCUUUCCUCGCCACCUUCCCAAAGCCCCCACGGUUUCCCAGUCUUCUCUACCUUCGGUGAAGAGUGGAAUUCUAAUGAGUCAUUGACCAGCACCAUUUUACCAGUUGGAAUGAGAUAUCAGAAAUGGGCAUUGUGCUUUUAGAUCCAACAUGUAACAGAUGGCUGUUACUCCAUGGUGAUUACUUCUUCAAGCCAACACCUUUUUUGUUUGUGUAGGAUCUUUGUCUCUUCGUUUUUGAAUUCCCGUUGCUAUUGUUGGCAAAUAAAAGGAGUUCAUGUAGUUUUUGCCCAAGCCUGAGUCACCAUGAGUAGUAGUUUAGGAAAAGAAAAAGACUCUAAAGAGAAAGAUCCCAAAGUACCAUCAGCCAAGGAAAGAGAAAAGGAGGCAAAAGCCUCUGGAGGUUUUGGGAAAGAGAGCAAAGAGAAAGAACCUAAGACCAAAGGGAAAGAUGCCAAAGAUGGAAAGAAGGACUCCAGUGCUGCCCAGCCAGGGGUGGCUUUUUCAGUUGACAAUACGAUCAAACGGCCAAAUCCAGCACCUGGGACUAGAAAAAAGUCUAGCAACGCAGAAGUGAUUAAAGAGCUCAACAAAUGCCGGGAAGAGAAUUCAAUGCGUUUGGACUUAUCCAAGAGGUCUAUACACAUAUUGCCAUCAUCAAUCAAAGAGUUGACUCAAUUAACAGAACUUUAUUUAUAUAGCAACAAAUUGCAGUCCCUCCCAGCAGAAGUGGGCUGUCUAGUAAAUCUCAUCACACUGGCUCUAAGUGAAAAUUCACUUACCAGUUUGCCUGACUCUCUCGAUAACUUGAAGAAGCUGCGGAUGCUUGAUUUACGGCAUAAUAAACUGAGAGAAAUUCCUUCAGUGGUAUAUAGGGUAGAUUCUCUUACCACUCUUUACCUUCGCUUUAAUCGUAUAACUACUGUGGAAAAAGACAUCAAAAACCUGUCAAAACUCAGCAUGCUAAGUAUCCGAGAGAACAAAAUCAAACAACUACCUGCUGAAAUUGGUGAAUUAUGUAACCUCAUUACGCUGGAUGUAGCUCACAAUCAACUUGAACACCUCCCAAAGGAGAUUGGAAACUGCACACAGAUAACCAACCUUGACUUGCAACACAAUGAACUGCUAGACCUCCCAGAUACUAUAGGAAACCUGUCUAGUUUAAGUCGUCUUGGUUUGAGAUAUAACAGACUGUCAGCAAUACCCAGAUCACUGGCAAAAUGCAGUGCACUUGAAGAAUUAAAUUUAGAGAACAAUAACAUUUCUACUUUACCAGAGAGCCUUUUAUCAAGUCUUGUGAAACUGAAUAGUUUGACCUUAGCUAGAAAUUGCUUCCAGUUAUAUCCAGUAGGUGGUCCAUCUCAGUUUUCUACCAUCUAUUCCCUCAACAUGGAACACAAUCGAAUCAAUAAAAUUCCAUUUGGAAUUUUCUCUAGAGCAAAAGUAUUAAGUAAGCUGAAUAUGAAGGACAAUCAGUUGACAUCACUUCCCUUGGACUUUGGAACUUGGACCAGUAUGGUAGAACUGAAUUUAGCCACUAAUCAGCUCACAAAGAUCCCUGAGGAUGUGUCCGGUCUCGUUUCUCUUGAGGUUCUAAUAUUAUCAAAUAAUCUUCUAAAGAAACUUCCUCAUGGUCUUGGAAACCUCAGGAAAUUAAGGGAGUUGGAUCUAGAGGAGAACAAAUUGGAAUCCUUGCCAAAUGAAAUUGCCUAUCUUAAGGAUUUACAGAAAUUAGUCUUGACAAACAACCAGUUGACCACUCUUCCCAGAGGCAUUGGUCAUCUUACGAAUCUCACACAUCUAGGCCUUGGAGAGAACCUCCUUACUCAUCUUCCUGAGGAAAUUGGUACACUGGAGAACCUAGAAGAAUUGUAUUUGAAUGACAACCCCAACCUGCACAGCCUUCCCUUUGAGCUGGCUCUUUGCAGCAAGCUUUCAAUCAUGAGUAUUGAGAACUGUCCACUCAGUCAUCUUCCACCUCAGAUUGUUGCUGGAGGUCCUUCUUUCAUCAUUCAGUUCCUAAAGAUGCAGGGUCCAUAUCGUGCCAUGGUCUGAUACAAAUCUGCUGGUCCCACACACUGUUCAAAAAUAGACUGCCGUUAAUGUUUCACAUCUAUAUCUGUAUCUAUUUAUGUAGAUAUUGAUAUAUUUGGCAGAUUUAUAAAGACUGCAUAUGUGUUUCUGCUCAUAGAGGAAUCAUAGCCAUUUAGAUUUUUUUUAAUUCUGUACAAAAGGCUUAUAUAAGUUUUCUUUGCUAAACUUGAUGGAUGUUUUUCUGUUGUGUAAUAUGAUAUGCCAGUUUGCUUAAAACAUUUGCCAACAAAUAAUGAAAUUAAUAAAUUUAAGGGACAGAGGUAGUAUAGUGAGAUAUACUUUCUCUUAGCAAAAAUAAUGGACAAUUUUGUUGCAAGUUUUCAUACACAUUUUCCCCUUACCAAUUGUCAGAUUUUUAUAUUAUUAUAGGUCCUAAAAGUAGAAUUUUUCUUUAACUUAUUUUGCAAUUUGAGAUUUAAAUUUUAUAUGUUGUUUACAGUCAGAGUAAAUCACUGGAUUUUUUUGUUUGUGUUGAUUUGCUCUGUUUUAAUCAGUCAGAUCUAGAGUUCUCUGCUAAAGAAUUUGCAUCAGCUGUUUAAAUAUUAAAAGAUACUUGCUUGUUGAAAAACUGGCAAAGUGAAAAGAUAGGGUCAAAAAUUCUAGAAUUCCUUUGUUUUCUCUGAUCAAUUGUAAAGCAAAAUAUCUGAAGUGAGUCUUUGGGUAAGGGGAGGGUAUUGAGACCUUUUCAAGUAUAAAUAUCAUUUCUUAAGUUUGGGGGAACAGAAACUUGUAAUGCAAAGAAGUUUUCAUACCUAAAAGUUGCAGAUCCACAAAAACUUACAGAAUAAUUUGACAAAAAAAAAAGAUACACAUAAACAUACACAUUCUAUAUAUGUAUA